AUGCUGCCAAUUUGUAUAAACUACGCGCGCCUUGCUUUGCUAUCACCGCCCGGAGUCGGCCAUAACACGGGCACAAGGUCUUUGAGAGCGCCGGCGACGCCGCGAACAACGAAUGCUCUUUUGAAGUGUCGCAAACGGCGCUUGGGGCCCCCUGAGACCCUGCGCCUGUGUGCACCGUACACCGUGCACUAUAGGGCCGUUACGAACUGUGAACACAGCGGGCGGCUUAUG